AUGGCUGCAACCAGUAUAGAGAUCCCGUUGCUUCGUAGUGGACAGACAAAUGAAGUGCUGGAAGUCGACUUGAAUGACUUGCGUGCAAAUCAUGAUCAUAUUAUUGAUAUUCUGACAUCUGAGGACGGUUCAUUGUCACUGUUUCUCGAGUUUGCGUUUCAAUACCUCAAGAGAGACAUGGUAGACGAAUUCGAAAUAUUUCUUCAAAAAGGUCGAGAGAUUGGACAAGCUCGUAAUUCUCGUAGAGAGGAAAACUCGUUGAUUUUGAUUCUGAAUACUCUGGCUUCGCACUAUAUUGAAAAGGCAAAAUCGGAAUCUGAUCCAUCCAUCCACGAUCAGUUUAUUGCAAAUGCAACACAGAUUUUAAACGAUGCCGAACGUUUGGAUAGAAUGCAUUUGUACACUAUUGUCGGAAAAGCAAACGUCAUGCUUUCUCGGAACCAGCUUGAUCAAGCACUGUACACAUUCCGUGGAGCUCUAAACCAGGAACCAAACUUUUUACCUGCGCUUAUUGGAUCGUCUUGCGUUCAUUUUUUAAAACAAGAUUUUAAAUCUGCACUAGCCGGAUACCAGACCAUCCUUCGAAUAAAUCCAACCAUUAAGCCAGAUGUUCGCAUACCCAUCGGGAUAUGCUUUCACCGUCUUGGAAUGGAAAAAAAAGCCCACGCUGCAUUUCUUAGAGCAGUUUCUCUUAAUCCAGAUAACUUGGAUGCGCUUGCUUUGCUAUCCAUCUUGGAAAACAAUCGAGCAAUAAGUACUACGGCAACACCUGAAGAGAAAAAUACCGCCAUGACUGCUGCUGGUGGCUAUUUGGCUCGAGGAUAUCGUCAAAAUAACCGUCACUCUAUAAUCUUUAACCUGAUGUCCGAUCGCUUUUUUUCAAAAGGAGACUAUGGAAAGGCUCGAGUGUUUUCAGAAUCUGCUCUGCGUCUUCCUGGAAGUAAAAUGUCCUGUGCAGAUUCGUAUGCGCUUCGUGGAAAAAUCGCCCAGGCUGAGAUGAAUUAUGACUUGGCCUACACCUGUUUUGUAAAGGCAAGUGAAUUGAAUCCCGACUCAGUUCUUAUUCAGUUUGGACUUGGCCAGCUGCAAAUAUACAAGAAACAAUUUGAUGAGGCUAUGGUACCACUUGAAAAAGUACUUGCCAAAGUUCCAGAUAAUUACGAAGCAUUGGCGAUUGCCACAGAGAUUUAUGCACAGCUACCAGAUUCUGCCCAAAAAGUGUCAGAAAAACUGGAUCGUUUAAAAAAGAUCUUUCGUAGCUACUUUGAAGAGGAACAUGGCUUUAAAGCCAAGACGGAUGACGAUGAAUACAUCAACGAUCCCGAGUUGCUUAUUGUUAUUGGCUGCUAUUUUUCAAAGCAAGACCUUAAACAAGCUGAAAAGGCUUUUGAUCGUGCCAUUCGUAUUUUGGAAACAAUACCAGACAUGUCAGUUGCACCGGAGCUUUUUAAUAAUCUUGGUGCUCUUUAUCACCUUGAUGCUCAACAGCUAAUCCAACACGCGAGUGAUUUGGGAUCUAGUCGUCCAACCAGUCUUGGAGAUUCAAGGUCUGCUUUGCAACUACUUGAAUUGGCCAAAUCUUUUUAUGAUCGCGCUUUUGAAGCAAGUCCAACUACUGUUGAACCGGGUGACGCUUCAGAUAUUUUACAGACUACUGUGCGAUACAAUCUUGCUCGUCUUAAUGAAACUCUUGGUGAUACAGAAAAAGCAAAGGCGCAAUAUCUUGCUAUUUUGAACGAUCAUCCUGCAUAUGUAGAUUGUUUGCUUCGUCUUGGAUAUAUAUCUCAGAAUAGUGGUGACAAUGCAACUGCAUUGGAUCGGUACAGUGAUGCUCUUGCCAUUGACGAAAAUAAUGUCAAAGCAUGGUCACUUGUUGCCAACGCCCAUCUUGAGAGUAAGGCGCUUCGACCAGCUAGAAAAGCGUUUGAGAAAAUUCUUCAAGAAAUUGACAAGUACGACAUGUUUUCACUAUGCAGCACAGGAAACAUGUGUCUAAAGUUUGCUCGUACUGAUUCCAAGCAGGAUAAACUAUUUUUGGGGAUUGGUGUGCAGCGCGAUAUUCACUGUAAACGUGCUGUCGAGUUUUUUACCAAGGCGCUUCGUUUGGACUCUCGUAACAUGUAUGCUGCUACAGGAAUCGCCAUUGCAUUUGCUUACUUUGGUGAUAUGGACGAAGCCCGUGAAAUUCUUACUCAGAUACAAGAGGCAGCUGGUACAAAUAUCAAUGUUACUCUUAAUUUGGCACACAUUUUGGUGGAACUUGGACUUCCACAUUCUGCUAUUCCUUUGUACGAGUCAAUAAAAAAACGAUCCACUACAGCCGAUAUUGAUGUUAUUCGAUCCUUGGCCCGCGCACACUACAUUAUUGCGAAAACUGAAAAGCUGCCAGAUGCAAUGGCUACAGUAGCUGCAAGACUUAAAGAGGCUUGUGAUUUGAAACCCAACGAUUUGGCACUUCAAUACAAUUUGGCUCUGGCAAAGCAGCAGUAUGCGCAAAUUCUCAACGAACAACCUAAAGAAAAGCGACCUCUGUCGCUAUUACGGAGCGCCGUAAUAGGUUUGGAAGCUUCUGAAAAAACUUUUGAAGAAUUAAGUAAGCACAAGCCAAAUCCACAACUUGGAUAUGAUGUUGAACGUGCCAAAGAACGUGCAAAGUAUUCCAAGGGUGUGCGUCGUACUACAGAAAAAAAGAUUCACGAAACCGAAGUUUUAGACUCGCAGCGCGAAGAACGUUUAGCAGAAAUCCGUGCCAAACGUGAAGAAGCAGCCGAGAUCAAGCGUAGUGAAGAAAAACAGCGUGCAUUGAAUGAACAACUUAGAUUGGAAGAGCUCGAUCGUAAACGUCGAGAGCUGCAAGCGAUUGUUCAGGAAGACAAUGAAAAAAUGCGAGUUGAGUUGGAGAUGGAAAAGGCAAAGCCUAUACGUCGCAAGGCUGCUACGAAUGAGGAUGACGAAGAUGACAUGAAUCAACACGUUGAUCAAUCUGAAGCUGAUGGGUUCACACCAAGUAAAGGAAAACAAAAGCGUAAAAGGAAAGAAAAGAUGAGAGAAAAGCAAUCUAGUGACGAGGCACAGAUUUUAAAUACAAAUUCGACAAUAGCAUCUGAUGACGAGGAUGAAAUGAUGAUGAAACGAGCCAAAGUGUUGGGUGUCCGCUCGAAAUUAUCGACUGCUGUUAUUGGGGAAAGCGAUGAAGAGGAGUAAUCUUUGAUGGAUGCCUGCAAAAUGAAUGCUUUAGCUUUAUUCUCC